AUGGCGAGCGACGUGCCCAUGGCCGACGCCAGCGAGAUCCUCGUCUGGCCGUGGACCGGAAUCCUCGCAACCGAAGACGACGGCGGCGCCGCCGCCCUGGCCGCCCACGCGCGGCAGCUCCCGGACGCCGUCGCGACCACCGCGCUCGAAGAAGAAGCCCCGCCGUACCGCCAUUGCCGCGGCCACCACCACUUCCUCGUGUUGCACUUCGGGAGGUCGCUCCAAGGACUCCGCGCCGCCGCCUCGAUCGCCGGUCUCUUCCCCGGCGCCGGGAGGACGGAAUGGCGGCGCCGCGAGAGCAGCGGCCCGGUGUACGGCUGGGCGGCGGUGGAGGAGGACCUGCGCGGGGAGGACGCCGUCGGGAUGUUCCUGAGAGCGACCGGCGCGAGGGGCGCUGCCGCGGACGCCAUUGCCGGCGAGCUCGAGAGCGCGGCGGAGCAGGAGACGCGCCGCCUCCGCCACGAGCUCGCAGAGCUGAGAGCCAUAGCUGACAAGGUCAUACCGGAGAUGAACCGUGAUUUGGAGGAUGAAAAUGAGAAGCUCAAGGCGGAAUUGGACGCGGCGAGCAGAGAGAUCGAGUUGAAGAUGGAGAAGAUUGCACAGCUGGAGAAUCUAGACAAGGACAAUGGCCCUACACAGGGUGCUUCAGAGAUCAACACACUGGACCUGGCAGCAGGUGGAGAGUGCAAGGUGGAUGACCAUGCUCUGAUGCUGCAUGAAAAUCACAAGGUUUCUUCUUCUCUUUCAUAUGACAAUCAAUAA